AUGUUCACUCCUACCAACCAAGACAAAAAGGCCUUUGUUGAACGCACACGAGUCGAGAGACAACGUCGAGAAAAAGAACGUUUGGAAAAGGAAACGCACACCAAACAAGAGAAAGCAGCACACAUUUUACAACAAUGGUGGCAGCGACAUUGUCGACAACGAAGAGCAUUGAGCGAAUGUUGGGCCUUAUGGGAUAAGCAACUGGAUCACCAUUUUCUCACCAUUGUUGAAUGCUUUCGACUGGUUGGCAUUUAUUGCUUCUUGUGUCGACAUGAGCCACGACAAUCCAACAACAACAAGCGACUUGUAGCAGUAUGUAAAUGUCUUGCAGCAAAGCACCGAGCACCUACCACCACUACCACCACCACCUCCACCUCCACCUCCACCAACGAUGAGAGUGGACAACAGUACAUGUAUCAUUCGCUUCUCCUUGACAACCGAUAUAAAGAACGUGCACUUGGCUACUUGAAGUAUGUGUUGCAGCAAUGCCUCGAACGAGUAUGUGCAGGGACCACAAUGACCGACAUGUAUCUUGCAGGACCUGAGUUGAAUUUGCUAUUGCACUACCUGAAUCCAAAGACAUUUGUUGUUAAGCAACCCUUCGACAUGCAUCAUACCACACCGCAUCCAGCUGAAUCACUUUUACUUUCAGCACAAAGUAUUCUUGAUGAUUGCUUAUUAUCAUUCAACCCACGAGAUGCCAUGAUACGUCGUGUUGAACGUGCUGCCAAGCUCGAACAAAGAAAGGCGAGGAAAGGAGGAUCACUCUCAUCCGCCGAUGAUACCAAAGAGCUACGCUCCUUACAACUUUGGCUCACAACAAUGACUCGCAUCUGCUUAUUCCCUCUCGAAUCAUCCAUCACUGAAAGUCAACGACAAUCACGUCUUGUUUACACCAUCACCUCUGUUCUUUCAGUGCCCUUGAUUACAACCAUGGUCAACAAGAUGAUUGUGCAACACCUACAGAAAUUAGCAGAUGUGGAUGUUGUCAUUUCUUUGUUCAAGACAAAGAACCAUGGCGAUGAGAUUUUAUUGGAUGCAUUACAAGGCAAUGGUCACCUGUUUGUGCUAGCGAAUCUUUUGGAGUUUAUACGAGAGGCGGACGAUUCUCCAGCUGCUGUGGAUAAGGUGGUGCAAUUGACGAAUUGCCUAGGCAACCGAUGCAGACUACACAUUUCGGAUCGACAGAUAUCGAAGUAUAAGCAUUAUCAUCCUUUGUUCAAGUGGUCUUGUUCCAGUUGGGGCAACUCGAUUGAUGUCGUGGUAUACGAACGUGUUCAGGCACAACUCGAAUAUCUCUGGUCGCGCUCAUUCAUGGAUCGGGUUUUUGUCGAUGUUUUGAAUUUUGACAGCACAAAGCUUUUUGGUGGUGGAGCAGCAGCAGCAGGAGCAGCGGCAGGAGCCAAAGAUGGAUUAAAAACGAGACUUUUCAAGAAAAAGAAUCAGGCGACAUUAUUGGAUAGCAAGGAUUAUGCACACGUGGUGGAGCUGUCAAUGAAUGUGGAGUCGAUUUUCGCUAUGUAUAUGUUGUUGAUAAGCCUGUUUCCCACCCAACGAAUGGAGAUCAUCAACAAAAUAGCAUUCACCACACGAUUGAUACCCCAGCUUUGGCGUGCUAUGAACACGUUUGGACCUAGAGGUCGCAUGUCGAUAUACCUUGAUGCAGCAAGGCGUGAAGAUGGCAAUGUGGAAAAGGAGCCGCUCAUCAAAGUUCUCCAAAUGUUUUGCGAAGCAGCAUCCUUGGUGUUCCUGACCUUGGAUGACACUGAUAUUUUCGAACAUGAGACGCCUUUCUCGACUCAAGACUUGAUUGAUAUGAGCACCUUUCUCAACACAUUUUAUUUUGCAUUGCUACAACAUGCCAAGAGUGAUCAACAAAAUGACGCCGCUGUGGCAGCAGCUUCAAUACGUGCUUUUCGUGCAGCUCAUCGCCUGUUAUUACAAAUCUAUGACUUGGACAUGCGACAUCCAUUUUGCCCAGAGGGUCAUUGGUUAUUGGUCUCGGAUCCCACCAUCAAGCAAUCCAUCUUGUCCUUGUUCAAUACUUCCAAACCACCAGCAGCUGCUUCUUUCCUUGACCGCUUUCGACAAGGUGAUCCCGUUCCACUCCGUAUCCUCCAACUGAUGCCACACACCAUUCCUUUUGAGACUCGCUUGACUAUCUUUCGAGAUUGGAUCGCCCACGAUAGAGCCAACACGAUGCGUACAGGUCACUGUUCCAUUCGCGUACGACGCAAUCAUAUUCUUGAAGAUGGAAUACGAGGAUUGGGUGGCAUUCCACCAGCAGCUUGGAAAGGCGUGAUUCGUGUAACUUUUGUCAAUGAACUUGGUGUCGAAGAAGCUGGUAUUGAUCACGGUGGUCCAUUCAAAGACUUUGUUUCGUUGCUGGUCAAUCAAGUGUCUGAACCCUCCUUUGGUCUUUUUGCCACCACAGCAUCCACCAACCUUGUUUAUCCAUCUCCAGCAUCUUCCAUUCAUGGGAAAAGUCAUAUCAGGCUAUUUGAAUUCAUUGGCAAGGUUAUUGGCAAAGCUAUCUAUGAAGGUAUCCUGUCAGACAUCCAAUUUGCAAGCUUUUUGCUCGCCAAACUGCUGGGACGCAAUGUAUUUUUGCAAGAGCUUCGAGAAUUGGACGAGGAUGUGUGGAGGAACUUGAUCUUUCUCAAGCGUUAUGAUGGGUGUGUUGAGGACCUCGGCCUAUACUUUGCGACUGACGAAGAAGCGUUUGGUCAUGUUACUACGCAUGAACUUAAAUAUCGGGGAAAGAACACACCUGUCACCAACGAGAACAAAAUUGAAUACGUGUACAGAAUGGCUGACUACAAAUUGAACCAGCAAACGCGUGAACAAACCCGUGCAUUUGUGGAUGGCUUUCGGUCUAUCAUUACUGAGGGGUGGAUCAAAGUAUUUUCUCCACCAGAGCUCCAAAGGGUCAUUUCUGGCGAGGAUACGGACUUUGACGUUGCUGACUUACGACAACAUACUGAAUAUCACAAUGGGUACUUUGAUCAACAUCCCAUCAUUCGGUCUCUAUGGCAAAUCAUUCAAGAAUUCAAUUCUGAAGAAAAACGUGCAUUCCUCAAAUUUGUUACGAGUUGUUCAAAGCCCCCAUUGGGAGGAUUUAGCUACUUGUACCCACCCUUCACUAUCCGUAUGGUCACUGUGGAUCCUGAUGCUCGACAAGGCACCGUUGACGGGCUGGGCAUGGUCAAGACUCUUUUCAAGAUUGGAAAUGGAUCAACCAACAAAGGCGGCCGUUUACCAACAGCCUCUACAUGCUUUAAUCUCUUGAAACUUCCCGCUUAUACCAAGAAAUCCCUUUUGCGAGAGAAGCUGCGUUACGCAAUCAAUGCCAAUACCGGUUUCGAGUUGAGCUAG